GUGCAUACGGACUCCAGCAAGACACGUCGGUCUGCCACUGUACGCGUGACUGAGCGUGUCGAAAAGCGCGUUGGCCAAAGUGUCGAUGCUUUCAAUGCCGCCGAGCUGGUGAUCUUCGGGCCACACGCGAAGCUGCUUGACGCACAGUCCUUCGCGUUCGUUGGCUCUUAACCGCGAUCCUACUCUGCAUUCCAACUUCGACACGGCCACCACUGCACGACCUUUCUCGACCUCAUCACCCUCCUACCAUCUUACCUUGUACCAUGGACACGCUCACUCACCAAUAGUCACUCUCUACAACACACUGUACGACUAGUUACGCGUCGAUAUCAAGCGGGGCACGCUCGCACCUCAGCCUCGAAAAUCUGCACCAUCUGCACGCCCGACGUGUCGAGGCAUCGCGUGCCUACAUACUGCAGACACCAUGGACACUCCGCUGGGUGCCAGGCAGUCUGCACUGCCUUCACAAGAGAAGAAAGAAUCACAACCGCCGCGUCCAACGCUGCUGCCGGCCUUUGAGCCCUUCUCACCUUUCUCAUCCUCACCAGGCCUUCCCAGGCCGGCCAAACGCAAGUUUGACGAGACUUUCGACAACCGCCAACAGCAUUAUCCUACUCCAGUACCUACCUCAUCAACAGGUAUCCUCACAUCAUCGUCGCCGGCGCGUCAGACGCGUCCGGGACUCCAACGCACGGUCUCGGCUCUUUCUGAACGCGCUCCCUUGGGCGACGUGCCAUGCCUCACCCUCUCACGUAACGGUGAACCAUUGCUCAUGGGACGUUCGAGCAACUCGUCCGACUACCAAUUUCCUGCCAAUCGUCACAUUUCGCGUACACACGUGAGCGCCAUAUAUCACGCUCCAGAUAUGGAAUAUCCGCGGGGAAGGAUCACAAUUGAGUGCCUCGGCUGGAAUGGAGCAAAAGUACACUGCGGUGAUGAAGUCAGGGACCUGGCAAAGGGUGACACGUUCGAAUCGAGCAACGUGACAGCGCAAAUCAUGGUCGACGUGCAAAGUACGCGUGUAAUGCUCGCGUGGCCGAAGGGUGAUUCUCGGGAUCCAGCAUCGGUCGAGCCCAGGUCACCAUGGGCCCAAGACUCUCCAACUCAACCACGCCUUGGUUCAGGUCACAUUGCUUCAAGUCCGCCUAUCAUGCUGCCGUCGCCGCGUCCAGCCUCACCAAUCUCACCAACACCCAAUCACAACCUUGGUGCCUCGUUCACUGAAACGUUCCGCGUGGAUGAGCCCGUCCAAGUCUAUCAAGACAAUGACUCCGAGGAGGACGCGCCUUUUGACGCCGAGGCAACUCCAGAACCGAUUGCUCCUCUCUCUGAAGGCUCGCCAACUCCAACGCGUGCCGUCUCUGCAUCGCAGGAGCUCCAAAGCUUCGCGUCAGAGCAAGAAGAGUUCUCUGAGCAUGAUGAAGAGAAUGAUCCAGUUGUGCAUUCGUUCGGGCCCUUCGGUGCUAACCUGCUUGACAAGCUCGACUCCUUCCACGCGAAAUCUCCUGAGCGCAAGCGUAAACCAUUGAAGGCCACCACCAACUCACCAAGUCGCCAUGCUUCUGCGCCUCCAGUCAACACAAGUCCGGUGAAGAAUCAUGUCAUCAACCAGUUGGCAUUCUCUCGUAUUCACGCUCUGCCAUUGUCGACGAUCCAUAGCCAGCUGCCUCCAGAGUACCGUGGUGCCAUGGCUAAACCGUCCGAUCGUGAAGCACGAGAUAUCCUGACCACCGCGGACCUGAAGACCAUUCUCGAUGGCAUCCCGUGUGUUGGAGAGAUCAGUCGCGAGGGUAAAGAUGCUGCCGGCAAACUGCUUGAGAGCGAAUUUUACUACGUCCCAGAGAUGGACACAGAUGUGCAUCGUCGCGAUGCCGUCGCAAAUAGCCUGGGUAAGACCAGCAUUCGCGCUGCACGAAAGCAGCACAAGCAAUAUUACUGGAAGCGCCCACGCUUUUAAGCACGAGGCCCCAGUGCGCAUCAUGAUCGCUAUGGUAACGACAUGUCGGCGCCUUUCCAUGAGCAUAGUUAUGCCUGUUCUUUUUUCUGUUCUGGUACUAUCGCGCAGAUUCCCCAGCAUAGCGACGUGUUUGGUUACAAUGACGACCAACUAUUAAGAGACGGUGGAGUGUGGUUCUGCAUGGAGGGCGUUCUCGAGGCGCAUACUGUUCGCUCGUUAUGGUGUUCGCGUCGCAAUGAAUCGUGGACGGCGCGGGGAUUCGAGCGGUGUGGGGUAUCCGACGACGGGUUCCGGCGUCUCGUCGUGCAAUGCGAAUCAAAAGAUGAGAAGAAAAGUGUUAGAGAAUGCAGGUGUAGAAGACAUGCGGGAGACAAGAAAUGAAAGUCAU